GCUCCGCCUCCAGGCUGACCGGCCGGCUGGAGCGGAGAAGGAGCCGCAGCGCCUCAAGAUGCGCCGCCUGCCGACACCCACGCUGCUGCGGGCCCUGGCCCAGGCCGGCCGCACAGGACCCCUGAGUGGCAGAAGCCUGCAUAGCAGCCCUGUGGCCGCCACCUACAAGUACGUGAACGCCCAGGAGGCCGCCACGGACAUGAAGUCGGUGACGGACCAGGCGGCCCGGACCCUGAUGUGGACAGAGCUCUUCCGAGGGCUGGGCAUGACCCUGAGCUACCUGUUCCGGGAGCCGGCCACCAUCAACUACCCGUUUGAGAAGGGCCCGCUGAGCCCGCGCUUCCGGGGCGAGCACGCCCUGCGCCGGUACCCGUCGGGGGAGGAGCGCUGCAUCGCCUGCAAGCUGUGUGAGGCCGUGUGCCCCGCCCAGGCCAUCACCAUCGAGGCCGAGCCCAGGGCCGAUGGCAGCCGCCGCACCACGCGCUACGACAUCGACAUGACCAAGUGCAUCUACUGCGGCUUCUGCCAGGAGGCCUGCCCGGUGGACGCCAUCGUGGAGGGCCCCAACUUCGAGUUCUCCACGGAGACGCACGAGGAGCUGCUGUACAACAAGGAGAAGUUGCUCCACAACGGAGACAAGUGGGAGGCCGAGAUCUCGGCCAACAUCCAGGCCGACUUCCUCUACCGGUGACGCGCGCCGCAAGGCCCAAUAAAGCGCUCCGACCCGC